CAGCAGCAGCAACAGCAGCAACAGCAGCAACAGCAGCAACAGCAGCAACAGCAGCAACAGCAGCAACAGCAGCAACAACAACAACAACAACCACCACAAUUACAUCAUCAGCAGCGGACACUAAGAAAAGCACCCUACAAGGAUACCCCAUACAGAAAAGAACAACAGCCAUCCGAUCCGUCUGAACAAGCCAUGGAGGAAGAGGAGCCAAAGAUUUGGCUAUUGGGAAGAGCCUACUCAAAGAAACCGUUAGAUAAAGUACAACAGGCUAUUUUAGAUGCACAACGAAAUGAAAUGUUCAAACCACGCUCAACAUCCUCUACUAAUAACACUGAGCGUGAAGAGCAGGAAGAGGAGCAAGAAGAGCCCGAAUGCCCUUCUGCUUGGCCGCCUGAUUUCUACGAAGAUUUUACUUCUCGAUUAUGGAUGACUUAUCGUCACAAUUAUCCACCGAUUCGACCUUCAAGUCAUAAGACGGAUAUUGGAUGGGGCUGUAUGUUACGAAGCGGACAGAGUCUAUUAGCCAAUACAUUAUUGAUCCACUCACUAUCAAGAGACUGGCGUCGUCAGAAGCAAACGCCAGCAGAACGAAAGCAGUAUGGAAAAAUUAUACAAUGGUUUUUAGAUGAACUAUCCCCGAGAGCUCCCUUUUCCAUUCAUCGAAUCGCCUUACUGGGUAAGCAAUUGGGAAAGAAUAUAGGCGAAUGGUUCGGUCCUAGCACCAUCAGUCAAGUGUUACAAGCCCUGGUAUCAGAUUUUAAACCUGCCAAUCUAUCAGUUUAUAUUGCUACUGAUGGUGUAGUCUACAUGGAUGGUAUACAGGAUGUCACUUCGGGAAGGAAACCAAGAGGCGAUUUCAGUUACUUUACGUCCAAAAUUGCCACUUCUUCCCCCUCCUCCACCACAGAGGUGAUGACAGCCAAUCCAAUAGAAGUCAUGACGGAUGAUAUAAGUGCCGAGGAAGCAAAGCAUUUAUACGAAAAUAGCACGCCUUUAACGGAAGAAGACGAGGACACGAUCGACGCGGAUAGGACCAACAGCAAGAACAAUGGGACGAUCGUGCUAAAACCUGUGCUUAUAUUGGUUGCUUUGCGGCUUGGUAUUGAUUCACUUCACCCAACUUAUUAUCCAGCGCUAAAAGCUUGCUUCGGACUGCCUUCUUUUGUUGGUAUUGCGGGCGGUCGACCCAACUCGUCUCUUUAUUUUAUUGGAUUAGAUGGCGAUCAUCUGAUUUAUUUGGACCCUCAUUUCUCAAGAGCUGCUCUUGAGACGAAAAACUUGAAAGAUUAUACCAGACAUGACUUUAAUACGUAUCAUUGUUAUUUGCCACGUAAAAUUCAUAUCUCGCAUUUGGAUCCCUCGAUGAUGCUCGGUUUCUAUUGCCAAACACAAAAAGAAUUUGACCAACUCCGUGAGCAGAUCAGUCAGAUAUCCCAACAUUACACCUCGAUCUUUUCUAUUGAAAAGAGUGCCCCUGAAUACGAGGAUGAUGUCCGGAGCGUCCAAGAUUUUGGUGUUUUGAGCGAUGAGGAUUGUGACGUAAAGUCGGCAGACGAUACAGAGCAUAGUGAUACUAGCUCUCUUUUUUGAUACAAAACACUCCCCUAUUUUUGGACUACAAUACAUAUACCUUUUGCCCAUGAGGCCAGGAUAAAAAUACAUCACCCUCAUGAAGAGACAUUUCAAUCUCUAAAAUGUUCCAGCCGACGCGCUGCAAUUUUUACUGUAUUGCUUUGUUUAAGAGCUAGAGAUCAAUGCUGUCGUGUGGACGAAGCUUGACAGGGAAGCAUUACUCAACAAGCUCCCUAGAGACUGUUUGUUAAAAAGAAGGUGGUUGUCUUUUUUUCAGGUACAUCGUUGAUUUCACCCACCUUCAUCAUUUUUGUUGAGACUCCGUAAAAAUAGUGUUGGUUCUUUUUUUUCCUUUUUUAACCGUCAAGCUGAGCAAUCUGUCUAUAUCUUUCA